AUGAGAGUAAACCAGGUGAAGUCCAUCACCAAGUUUGCCCAGAAGUCUUUGUCUUGUGAACUAAACAUCGCCUCUAAGGUCGGGGACCUCCUAGAGGUAAAACAGACCUUGUCCCAAGGACAUGCGGACAUUAACUGCCAGGAAUGGAUUGGUAGAACACCCGUGAUGUGGGCAGCUGGUGAAGGACAUAAAGAAGUGGUUGAGUUACUUGUGAGUAAAGGAGCCAACUUGUCAAUCACAGAUAGAUUCGGCAUCAACAUCCUUCACUCAGCCUGUCUUGCAGGAGAUGUAGAGGUAGUGAAGUAUGUCCUCUCACAGAACAUGUUGAACAUCAACGGUAGAGUACGGUGCGGGAGAACAGCUGUGAUGCUGGCAGCAGAGAACGGCUACAAAGAGGUUGUGGAGUUGCUUGUGGACAAAGACGCUGACGUGUCACUAAUGGAUGAAAGAGGUGACAACAUCCUUCACUGCGCCUGUAGGGGAGGAGAUGCGGGGGUUGUGGAGUACAUCCUCUCAAAGAAGAUUGUGGAUGUCGACAGAAGGGGAUCAAAGAAGAUGACACCAAUCAUGGUGGCACAGGAGUACAAACAUAGAGAAGUGGUGGAGUUACUCGUCAGUAAAAGACCUGAUGGGUCGCUAAGAUAUUACAAGCACAGAAACAUGCUUCAGUCUGCUUGCCGGGAAGGAAACAUGGAGGUGGUGAAGUUUAUCCUUUCACAGAAUACUGUGAACAUCAACAAUGGUUGGAGAGAAAAGAUUACACCAGUAAUGAUCGCAGCGAAAUUAGGACAUAAAGAUGUGGUAGAGUUACUCGUGAGUAAAGGAGCUGAUGUAUCACAAUUGGAUCAGGGAGGUUCCAGCAUCCUUCACUAUGCCUGCCGGGGUGGGAAUAUUGAGACAGUGAAGUAUGUCAUCUCACAGAAUAUGGUGAACAUCAACAGUAGAGGAUUUCAGAAGAUGAGCCCGUUAAUGAGGGCAGCGUUAAUGGGGCAUACAGACGUGGUAGAAUUACUCGAGAGUGAAGGAGCUGAUGUGUCACAAUUGGAUGGAGGAGGUGACAACAUCCUUCACUAUGCCUGCCAAGGUGGACAUACUGAGACAGUGAAGUAUGUCAUCUCACAGAAUAUGGUGAACAUCAACAGUAGAGGAUUUCAGAAGAUGAGCCCGUUAAUGAGGGCAGCAUUAAAGGGACACACAGACGUGGUAGAAUUACUCGAGAGUGAAGGAGCUGAUGUGUCACAAUUGGAUGGAGGAGGUGACAACAUCCUUCACUAUGCCUGCCAAGGUGGACAUAUUGAGACAGUGAAGUAUGUCAUCUCACAGAAUAUGGUGAACAUCAACAGUAGAGGAUUUCAGAAGAUGAGCCCGUUAAUGAGGGCAGCAUUAAUGGGACACACACGUGGUAGAAUUACUCGAGAGUGA